AUGCCUUCGAUGCAGAAAUUGUACAAGUCCUUCCAGCGGAAGGUCAAGCCGAUGAAGCUCGAUGCUAUGCUAUCUUCGUCGCCACCUGGAUCUCCCGCCCCGGAGACUCAUAGAGCCGAGCCCGGAAAGGACACAGCAUUAGCGGAGCAAAAUUGGUGA